UGCCGAUUUCCCCUUUUGAAAUUUUUUUAACAACUCAAAAACUUCAAAUUUUUACGAUAUCCAAACCAAAUUAUUCCAUUUGUCGGUGUAAAUUGUUCUAAUAACUCUCUUUACGUUAUCUGCAGAACAGUAGUAGAAUGUGCAAUUGAUUUACUGAUAGUUCCGGUGCAUCAUUUCCAUUAAUCCAGCUUGAUCAAUUAAGGACAGAUCAUGUCGACCAUAGUGGAGAAAAUCGCUCAAAUUGAAGCCGAAAUGGCUCGAACCCAAAAGAACAAAGCAACAGCUGGUCAUUUGGGUCUCCUGAAAGCUAGAUUGGCUAAGCUACGUCGUGAACUCAUUACUCCUAAAGGAGGUGCAUCAAGUACCGGAGAAGGUUUUGACGUCGCUAAAACUGGAGAUGCCAGAGUUGGUUUUGUAGGUUUCCCCUCUGUAGGAAAAUCUACUCUGUUGACUACGUUGGCUGGAGUGUAUUCUGAAGUUGCUGCUUAUGAGUUUACGACAUUGACCACAGUACCUGGAUGUAUUAAAUAUAAAGGUGCCAAAAUUCAGUUACUGGAUUUACCUGGAAUUAUUGAAGGUGCCAAGGAUGGCAAAGGACGUGGUAGACAAGUCAUCGCCGUAGCUAGAACGUGUUCCCUUAUUUACAUUGUAUUAGAUGCAUUAAAACCACUACAGCAUAAAAAAAUUCUCGAAUACGAAUUGGAAGGUUUCGGCAUUCGUCUUAAUAAAUCUCCUCCCAAUAUUAAAUUACGAAGAAAAGACAAAGGAGGAAUCACUUUACAAACGACGGUUAAUCAAAGUGAACUUGAUCUUGCUUUGGUAAAAUCUAUUCUGAAUGAGUACAAAAUAAGCAACGCCGAGGUUGUUCUUCGAACUGACGCUACUCCUGAUGAGCUUAUAGAUGUUGUGGAAGGCAAUCGUAUUUAUAUCCCUUGUAUUUACGUAUUGAAUAAAAUAGAUCAAAUUAGUGUAGAAGAAUUGGACAUCCUGUAUAGAAUACCACAUUGCGUUCCUAUCAGCGCUCAUCAUAAAUGGAAUUUAGAUGACCUGCUAGAAAAAAUGUGGGAAUAUCUAGACCUCACUAGAAUUUAUACCAAGCCUAAAGGGCAAUUGCCGGAUUAUUCAUCGCCGGUUGUGUUACAAACAAGCAGACGACGUAUUGAAGAUUUUUGUAAUAAACUUCAUCGAAGUAUCGCUAAAGAAUUCAAAUAUGCCUUAGUAUGGGGGACAUCCGUUAAGCAUCAACCUCAAAAGGUCGGAAAAGAGCAUGUACUAAAUGACGAAGACGUUGUGCAAAUAGUGAAAAAAAUCUAACCGUAUUAAUUACUACUGGAAAAGAAACCUACAUUUUAAAACGAUGUAUAUUUUUUUAUUUCAAUUGUUUAUUGAAUAAAAUUUUUAAUGUUUGCAAAAA